AUAAUGGUAAUUGGUAAAUUAUGGUAAAUUAUUACUUUUAUUAGAGAUAAUUCUAUUUUUCAAUCUUAACCACUUGGAGAAAUAUGUUUCUUUUAAUAUUAUAGUCAUUUACGUAAUUACUAUCAAUUUGACUAUAUAAAUACUGUCAAUUAUUUCUUUUAUCAUAUAACUUUCUUUUUACGAUUUUUUUUGUGGUCAUGUCUUCUAAUAAUGAACAAUCUAUUACUUUGCCAACAGGAAAGACUAUCAAAGUAAACACGGGUUUAUUCAUUAAUAAUGAAUUCGUUGAUUCAAUCGAUGGAAAACGUUUUGAAACUAUUAAUCCUGCAACUGAAAAAGUUAUUACUACUGUAGCUGAAGCAUUGUCUAAUGAUGUUGAUAAAGCAAUCGAUAUUGCUACUGAAACUUAUGUUAAAGUUUGGAGUAAAGUUUCUGGUUAUGAUCGUGGUCGUUUAAUUAAUAAAUUGGCUGACUUGAUGGAACGUGACAUUGAUGAACUUGCCGCCAUUGAAUCUUUGGAUAAUGGUAAACCUUUUUUGCUUACCAAAGCUGUUGAUAUUCAACUUUCUAUUAAAACCUAUAGAUAUUAUGCUGGUUUUGCUGAUAAAAUUAAUGGAGAGUUAUUUCAAACUGAAUCUGAUAAAUUCGACUUUACACAACGUGAACCUUAUGGUGUUAUUGGUGCUAUUAUUCCAUGGAAUUUUCCAAUAAUGAUGCAAGCUACGAAAUUGGCUCCAAUUUUGGCUUGUGGAAAUACUAUCGUAUUAAAAACUUCCGAAUUUACUCCUUUAUCUGCUCUUAAAGUAGCAGCUUUAAUUAAAGAAGCUGGUUUUCCAAAAGGUGUUGUAAACAUCUUAUCAGGAUAUGGUCCAACUGCUGGUGCUGCUAUGGCAAGUCAUAUGAAACUCAGAAAAAUCACUUUUACCGGUUCCGUUCCUGUAGGUAAAUCUAUCCUUAAAGCUUCGGCGGAAUCUAACUUGAAAAAAGUUACAUUGGAAUUAGGAGGGAAAUCUCCGAAUAUUAUUUUUGCCGAUUCAGAUAUAGAUGAAGCAGUUAAAUGGGCUCAUAUGGGAAUUUAUUUCUCUUCCGGUCAAGUUUGUGUAGCCGGUUCACGUAUAUAUGUACAAGAUUCAGUUUAUGAUGAAUUUUUAGAGAAAUUUAAAAAGCGUGCUGAAGGUACAAAAGUUGGUGAUCCUUUUAAAGAGGAUACUUUUCAAGGUCCUCAAGUUUCUCAAAUUCAUUACAAUAAAAUUAUGUCCUUUAUUGAAGCUGGAAAGAAAGAAGGUGCUACUUUAUUAAUUGGUGGUGAAAGAGAAGGUGAAAAAGGUUAUUACAUUAAACCAACAAUUUUCACUGAUACGAAUGAGAAAAUGUCUAUUAUGCAAGAGGAAAUUUUCGGUCCAGUAGCAGCGAUAUCGAAAUUUUCUACUGUUGAAGAAGUCAUUGAAAAAGCUCAUUUAACUAGAUAUGGAUUGGCCGCUGCGGUAUUUACUAAAGAUAUUACACGUGCUCUAAAAAUUUCUAAAGAAUUAAAUGCUGGAACUGUUUGGGUUAAUUGUUAUGGAUUAUAUGAACCAAACGUACCAUUCGGAGGAUACAGAGAGAGCGGUAUAGGCAGAGAAGGCGGAGAAUCUUCGUUAAAUGAAUAUACUCAAGUAAAGAGUGUACAAGUUCAUUUAGGAAAAUUCAUGUUUUAACGGUUACACGAUUUUUGUUUAAAUGUCAAAUAUGACAUUCAUUUAUUGUAAAAAUUUAUAUACUUUAUAAAAUAAAUUUUCGCGAAUUUAUAUAAGUAUAAAUUAUAAAUUAUUCCUGAUUUCAUUCAUGUCGAUAUUAAACCUUUUUAAGAAUAAUUACCAAUUUUGUAAAAGUAAAAACAUUUGAAAAUCAAUCCCCUCAUGUUGCGUUAAAUUAAUUGAUAUAUUAAAUACAUGUAUAAUCAUG